AUGAGAUUGACAUUUUGCGAUGAAAGUUUUGAACACAGAGGACCGGGAUGGAGUAACUCUGAAGGUUUAAGCUCUGAUAAAUUUUGUAUAACAGCAACAUGUGUUAAAUUACCACAAGGAACCGGUAAAACUUUAAAAUACACAAAUUUUGAUGACGAAUGCAAACACCGUAGAGGAGUUAUUACAAUUUCAAACAGAGAUAAUUUAUGCUUGCCUCGAGCUUUAAUUGUAGCGAUUCAUCAAGUCGAAAAAUCUGUAGAUUAUAAACAAAUAAUAAAAAGUAAUUCAAAAUUGCAAACGAAAAAAGCCACAGAACUUAUUGAAAAUGCAGAUUCGUUAAAUUAUUUUCCAAUGGCUUUGUCGAAAUUACCAAAAGCUUUUGAUCUACAAUUUAAUAUGAAGAAAGGGUAUUUUCCGCAUCUUUUUAACACAGCGAAAAAUGAAAAUUAUAUUGGGCAAUUACCCUCUGUAGAAUAUUACAAUCCAAACGACAUGAAAGUAGAUGAGCAAAUUAUUGAAUACUGUGUCAAUGACGUUACCAUUUUAACACAAUCUUGUUUAAAAUUCAGAGAAAUGUUCUUGAAGCAGUGUAAUGUUGAACCAUUUCUAGAAGCAACAACAAUUGCAUCUGCAUGUAAUUUUGCAUUUAGAAGAAAUUUUUUAAAAGAGGACACAAUUAGUUUAAUUCCUAAAUAUGGAUACAGAAACUCAGACAAUCAAUCAAAAGUGGCUAUUCAAUGGUUAGUAUGGGAAGAAGAAAAAAGAAAUAUUAACAUCAGACAUACAGCAAAACAGAAUGAAUCAUUUGUUAACGGUAUAAAAGUGGACGGUUUUUGUUCAGAAACUAAUCAAGUUUUUGAAUUUUACAGUUGUUAUUAUCAUGGACACCCUACUUGUAUACCACAUUACCGAAAUAAAAGUUUGCAAGACGAUUCAAAUGAUACAAUGAACACGAGGUAUGAAAGAAUUAUUAAAAAAGCUGAAAGAUUAAGAAAAUUAGGUUACGAUGUUAUUGAAAUGUGGCAAUGUGAAUUUAAUUCAUUAAUUAGUAAAGAAGAAGCAAGUUAUUUAAAAAAGCAUCCGUUAGUGCAACAUGCACCAUUGAAUCCUCGAGAUGCUUUUUAUGGAGGACGAACAGGAAAUGUCUACAACUAUUAUAAUUGUAAAGAGGAAGAAAAAAUAAAAUAUAUAAACAUGUGCUCGUUAUACCCUGGGGUUUGCAAGUACGGAAAAUUUCCUAUUGGUCACCCGCAAAUUUAUGUCGGGGAAAAAUGUUGUCCAUAUUCAGAUGAGAAAAGAGCUUUAAUAGGAACAUGGGUAAUUGACGAAGUUGUAAAAGCUAUUGAAAAAGGUUAUAAAAUGUUAGAAAUUUAUGAAGUUUGGGAAUACCAAACUACAAAAUAUGAUAAAAACAUGGAUACACAGGGCUUAUUUACAAAUAUGAUGAACAAAUUUAUUAAAAUUAAACAAGAAGCUUCAGGCUGGCCAUCUAAAUGUGUCACUAAUAACGAAAAAGAAAACUAUGUUAAAGAUUUUUUUGAUAAAGAAGAUAUUCAAUUGGAGCAUGAAAAGGUUUCCAACAAUCCUGGCUUAAGAUCAUUUGCCAAAUUAAUGUUAAAUUCAUUUUGGGGCAAAUUUGGUCAAAGAGAAAAUUUACAAAAAACAUCAAUCAUUAACCAGCCGAGAGAAUUGUACAACCUGUUAAAAAACCCAUCUAUAGAAGUUUGUUAUAUUUUUCCGGUAAAAGAAGAAAACAUUAUAGUUAAUUGGCAGUACAAGGAAGAAGUAAUGGAUUCCUUACCAACAGUUAAUGAGUGUAUUGCUGCUUACACAACAACUCAGGCGCGAUUAAAACUGUACAGUUACUUAGAAAAACUUCAAGAAAGAGUCUUAUAUUACGAUACUGAUUCCGUAGUGUAUAUCAGUCGUAAAGGGGACUAUGAACCUUCAGUAGGAAAUUUUAUUGGUGACAUGACAGAUGAGUUAGAAUGUUAUGGUAAAGAUAGCUACAUAACAGAAUUUUAUACAUCAAUUUAUAAUCGUAGCAGCAUAACUGUAACGAAUUUUCCAGUUUUACUAAAGAAAUAA